AUGGAGAUGCCUGCUCUUGGUCGAACGCGCAUCAAGAACAGGGAUACUCACCCUGCUGUCAAAGCUGGCCUUGUUCGAGGUCCUUCUGAUCCACCAUUUCGCCGCUCUUCAGAAGAAGUCAAAAAGGCACGCAAGGCAGAGGCUGCAUCCAGGGCACGGGAAGAACGUCAGCAGAAUCGAGCCGCAAAAGAGUUAGCUGCAAUGGAAGACUUGAAUCGCCAAAACGAUGUUGAGCACGCAGCUACGGCUAACCAUCCCCCUGCAAACUCAUGGAAGCCUACACUUAAUCCCGAGCCGUCAGAGUCGUCAGACUCUGACGAUUCUGACAAGUUUGAGCCUCUGCACGAUGACACUGAGUCCGAAUCCAACAGCACAGACUCAGAGGCCGAGGACAGCGACGAAGAAAAUGGCAAGAAGAACCGCAAGAACAAAAAGAAGAAGAAACUCACACGCGCCGACAUCACUGCCUCUCGUACAACAAAGGAUUCGACAGGCACGCCAAUUAUCGAUCGCUCGACCAAGCGCAAAGCGGCAGAUAACCAGAGGAAAUCGAGCAAGAAGGCCAAAAAGGACAACAAGAAGAGCGGUCUUGAUCAUGACGUGUCCAAGUCCAAGAAGAUUAAGACCCCAGCUGUAGAGGACGAAUCGAUGUUCCAGUUGGGCGGGCCAGCCCUCGACGACGAUGAGCAAGAGCGGGUGGAGAGACCAAGCAAGAAGAAGGGACUUCCGAAUGAGGCUCCUGUCCUCAUCAAGACCGUGGUUUCGAAGCCAGAGACAAAGAAGGCUGUUCGCGGUGGUACCGCCAAGUGGACCCUCCGAAAUCUCCCAGAGGGCACUGAUGAAGAAUUCACUAACGAAGUCGUCCCUCUGGCACGCGAGAAGGCUGGCACGCUUCCACCAUGGGAAGGUCUCACCGAGAAACAGCUGCAGGAGAUCGUUGACAAGGUGUAUGGCAAGGGCCAGUACACAGUUGCGAAGAAUGGUCCAUGGGCUGGUUUGAUUGCGUACCGCUUGAAUGACUGGCGCACUGGCUUCGGAACUCAAGCACGGCGUGGAGUGGACAUGUAUUUCAACAACAACAAGAGUGGUGCAGACUCUGACGACGACUCGGAGAUGCAAGUCGACGAUACUGACGCGCCAGCACCUGCGGACACUGAAGGUCUCGACGCUUCCCUUGCAGGCACCGCUGCGGCUGCACCCAAAUUCAAUCUCAAGACACCAAGCGGAAUCGCGGAAUUUGUGUCCUGGGUGCUCAAACGUCACGAAAGUGGCACCAUGGCAUUUCAGUGGAAGCAGUGGGGUGGAGGGGUAGAAAAGAAGUCGGAUCUGAUCCUUCACGCAUUUGCAUACCAUCUCACAUGCUUGGAUACCAUCCCCGGGGCCUACCAACGACUCGAUGAGCCCCCAAUUGGCGCUCUUAUCAUGUCAAUGCAGGCGGUUCAUCGUGCAUUGCAAUUCUGGAAGACAGGCACAUGUGAUUUGCUGCAGCCCAUGCCCCGCGCCGCGUACUUCUCAGCUGACAACUGGGCUGAUUACUCGCCACCCGCUGAGAAUGGCAAGAAACGCAAACUGGUUCGCCGAGCAACAGAAUUCAUGGCGGCUCUACAGAAGUGGGAUGAGACAAAGUGGGAUGAGUACAAGGCAGCCGCAGCGCAGUGGGUGGAGGCUCCAAGCCGGAAGCGUGCAUCUUCUAGCCGCGGCGCUUCCGAGGCCAGUGGUGAUGACAAUGUUUCGGAUAGCGAGUACAUAAUGGUGGUAUCUGACUAG